AUGGACGACUUUGACCGAGACUCCAAUGCGAGCUCGGAUAACGAACACGAUGACGAUAUUAUGAUCCACGAGGCGGAUGGCGAUGGCGAUGGCGAUGUAGAUGUAGAUGGCGAGGACGAGAAUGACAAUCCAGAUCACGAUGAAGACGACAAUGACAACGAUAACGAUAAUGAGAACGAAAAUGACGAGGAGGAAGACGAUGACCCCGACCAGCACGAGAAUGAAGACGAAGAUGACGCUCAUGACCACCAGCAAUCAAACGGUUUAGCUAACCCGGCCGUCGCUCGAACCUCGGCUACCCCCGGUCCUCUCGCUACUCCCAAGUGGAAGCCCAAGGUUCGCCCGGAAGCGCUCACCGCAGCUACGUACGAUAUCGUUCCGACUAUGGCAGCUCCCAUGGCCACCAGUGUCAAUGCGAUAGCUAUAACCCCCGAUCUUCGUUACUGGAUGACGGGUGGAAGUGACGGAUACAUCAGGAAGUACGACGGGCCCGCUACAAUCAACGGUAAAACCCUCUUAACCGUAGCGCAGCGUCAUCCAUUCGUCGACUCGGUAACCAAGGCUGGUGUCUUGAUGUCGUAUUGGGAAAAUGCCGAGCCUCAACCUGCCCCUGUGCGACAGGAAGACUUGGUACUCAGCCCCGUCUACAGUCUAGCUGUCCACUCCCAGGCCUUGUGGCUCCUGUCCGGCCUCGAGAGCGGCGGCAUUAAUCUCCAAAGCGUGCGUCACGACGAAGGGAAACGGAUUGCAUGUCUCAAGAAGCAUACCAAUGCUGUCAGCGUUCUGACUCUUUCUCCGGAUGAGAAGAGUGUAUUGAGUGGCAGCUGGGAUAAGAAUAUAUUUGACUGGGAUCUGAAUACGGGACAGGUGGCGCGUCAGUUUGAUGGAAGUGGAGGACAGAUUUCUGCCGUCGAGAUUCGGCCCAUGGGAGGACAACCGAUUCCCCCGGAAGCUAGCGAAGAGGAGAUACUAAGCGAUACGUUCUUUAGCAAUAAUACGCAUCCUGGUGCCGACGGCGACUUAAAGUUUGAGAUGGAUGGCACAUUUAGCAUGGAUAUCGAUACUGGCGUGAACGGUGUAGGAGCUAAUGGCGUUUCUGGCCAGAUGGCUAAUGGGAGAGACGCGAUGGCUGAUGGUCGAGGGAGUCCUGCGCAUGACAGCCUAUUUGGUGGUAGUCCAACAGUCGGCUCCGAUCUCUUCGGUGACAACGACGGCAUGGGCGCUUAUGAGGGGGAAGAGGACAACGAAUUUUCCCGAGCGAUGAUGCAAGAUUCGGCUCAGGAUGCCGACGUUGCAAUAGGUAAUUAUAAUAUCUCUGGUUCAGCCUUUGAACCAGGGUCGGGUCAAGUGCCAACCACCCAGCCUCUUCCUAAUUCGAACUCAUCAGACCCUACUAUAUUUGGCGACAAUGCGCUCAGUUCUUUUGGGACCGACGUAAAUAUGGACCCGUCGUCUCUGCCCUCUAUGCCGGAGUUUUCGCAGUCAAUCAACCCGGGCGACAGCACGUUAAGAUCGCAGCUAGCAGAUAUGCCGUUGCCGCAUGCUCAGGGUGGCCAAGCGGAGUUACCUCAGUCACCGUCCACUGUUUUCGCCGCCCCGCCCCCCACGCAUUACGAUAUGACACAGACUUCGGAUAGUACUUUUCUUUCCGCGUCUAUGGAUGGGACCUUACGUAUCUGGGAUCGUCGAAUGCAAAAUCCCGUGGCGCGUAUUGGGAACAGGCCUGGUAUCCCUCCUUGGUGCAUGGGGGCGUGCUGGAGCCCGGAUGGCAAUUGGAUAUACGCGGGCAGGAGAAACGGUACGGUAGAGGAAUUCAGCAUACAGAAGGCAAAGGGUGGUCGCGUAGGUUGGCAACCAGAACGGGUUUUUAAGUUUCCCGGUGGAAGCGGACCGGUUAGUUGCGUUCGAUCGAUGGUCAACGGACGGCAUCUAGUUUGUGCCUCUCACGAUAUUCUUCGACUUUACGAUCUUCGCUCCGAGCAUUCGUCUAAACACUCGCCACCACCUUUCCUAAUUAUCCCUGGCCCGCCACGCGCCGGUGUCAUAUCCAGCUUAUACAUCGACCCGUCAAGUCGCUUCAUGAUAUCAGCUGCGGGGAACCGAGGCUGGGAAGGGACAACUACCGAAGUACUCAUUGGAUACGAAAUAAACGUUCCAUCAUGA